CGCAGUGCCUUGUGGGUCAUGUCAUGCUUUGCUUUCCCAUGACGUCUAAGUUAGCCGUGCUCCGGUACAGUAGCUAGCAACGUGUAUGAGAAUUACAUUUUUUUUCUUGUUAUUAGUUGUAGCCCUUCUUUAUUAUCGGGCAAGGCAUCGUGUAGUCACUGAGUGAAGAGCCACCCUUCAUUCUCUCUCUUUUGAAAACAAAAGAGAGCAGAGAUGUAUAACGGGAUUGGCCUUACCACGCCGCGUGGUAGUGGCACCAAUGGUUACGUGCAGCGGAACCUGUCGAGUGUGCGUGCCAAGCGCCCGCGCGAGGACCGUGGUACGGAUGAGAAGGACCGCGAGCGCUUGGAAAGCCAACUGAAUCGCCAGCCCAAUGCUGAGAUUCUCGAGCACCAGCGGAAGAGGCAGCUGGAGGUCAAAUGUGCCGAGCUGCAGGACAUGAUGGAGGAGCAAGGGUACUCCGCUGAAGAGAUCGACGAGAAAGUGAACAGUUUCCGUCUGAUGUUGCAGGAGCAACUGGAGCCUGCUCCCACUCCCGCAGAACGUCCAAAUGUGACUGAGACACAUGCGUUGGCCGCAGCCAACCAGCAGAAGAAUGACCGGCUGAGGCAGGCCUUCGGCAUCGGCUCCGACUACGUGGACGGCUCCUCCUUCCACCCCGACCGCAAGGAGCGUGAAAAGGAGAAGAGGGAGCAGGAGAGACUGGAGAGGGAACGUCAGCAGCAGCAGAAGUACCAACUUAUAGAACCAGAGGAGUCAGAGGAGUCUGACUCUUCCCCUGAACGCAAACAAAGUCAUAAGAAGAAGAAGAAGAGAAACAAGCGUAGAGAAAGCUCAGAGAGUCCCUCCCCUUCUCCCAAACGUGAUAAGAAGAAGGCUCAGAAGAAGAAGAAGAAAAGGGCCGAAUCUGAAGAAGACAGUGAUGGUUCCUCCUCCGAGAAGGAAACAUCAAAGAAAAAGAGAAAGAGGAAGAAGAGUGAAAAUGAGACUCCUCCUCUUCCCAAGACCCGCAAACACCGCAGCGCAUCAUCCAGCCCUGCUCACAGCCCAUCUCCUGCUCCACUGAGGGAGCGACAGCAGAACCAGCCGGGUCGAAGAGGCGAGGAGGGGCGCAAGGAGCGGUCUCCUGAAAGAAUGGGGAGAGGUCGCAGCGAGAGGACUCCCCCAAGAAGAGCAGGACGUGAGAAUCCACCCAGACAUGUCAGUUCCUCUGAUGGAGAGAGGACGGAGAAAGACAGAGGAGGGGACAAGGACCGAGGCAGGGAGAAAAAGACGAGGCACGACGACUCCUCCCCUUCUCGGGAUCGAGCUCGUCGGUCCAGGAGUGGGGAGAGGUCGAGAGGACGGGAGAAGGAGCAGGAGAAGCAGGACAGAAACAGACACGACUCCUCCUCCCCAUCUCCGUCCCCAAAGCGACAGAAGGGCAAGAGUCGUGAAGAGGAGCGUAGGAGACAAGAGGAGGAGGAAAAAAGGAAAGACAAGCCCCAGAGGCGGCGCGACGACUCUUCCGCUUCCCCGGACCGGGAGCCUCCCAGGAGAGGACGGAGCAAAGAGAGGGAGCGAGGGAGCGGAAGAGAGAGGGACGUCACACCUAAGGCCCCGUCUGACCGAGAGAGGGACAGGGAGCGGGGCAGGCCGAGAGAACCACCGAGGGGGAGGGAGAAGGAGAGCCCUCCGCCGCCUAGAGCACGAGAGGGCGACCGCGAGCGGGAGAGACAGAGGGACCGCCGCAGCGGCUCUGCGACCCCUCCUAGGCGCUCGCCCAUUGCCAACGGCAGACAGAGAGAGAGGGAUCGGGAGGAGGAGAGGAAGAACGAGAGGGGCAGGGAGAGGGAGGCUCCCAAAGACCGGGAGCGAGAGAGCGACCGGGAGAAGGAGAGGGGAAGGGAGAAAGAGAAGGAAGACACUCACUUCGGCAGGCAGCGUCCACAGGAUCGCACUCCAGAGAGGGACAGCGUGGCAGAGGCCAGGAAGGAGAGAGUUGUAGAGGACAAGAGCAGAAAAGAAAAAGACGUGGAGGAGAAGAAACGAGAAAAAGUAAAAGGGAAGAGUCCUGCGAAGGAAGAGAAGGCAAAGGCCAAGCAGAAGCCGGCGAAGAAGAGCAAAGCCAAAGAGAGCAGCAGUAGUAGCAGCAGCAGCAGUAGUAGCAGCAGCAGCAGCAGCAGCAGUGAUAGUAGCAGCAGCAGCAGCGACGAUGAUAGUGACAGCUCGUCUUCUUCCUCAUCCUCCUCCUCUUCGUCAUCGGCCUCCUCUGACGACGGUGAAAAGAAGAAGAAGCAAAAGGCAGCCGAGAAGAAAGGGAAGGAAGCCCCAGCUCCGCCUCAGCCACCCGCUCAAAAGGAGAACGGGACCAGAGAGAGAGUGGACAGAGGGAGGGAGAAGGAACAGCCCCACGUGCCCGCUUGGAAAGGCAGCCCAACUCCUCCUGCACGUGCGCGUGACCAGAGAGAGGAAAACGUGGACAGGAGAGGCCGCGAGCGCUACAGCCCCACACCGGCAGCCAGGGGCAGGUCUCCACCCUCUCCACCCCGCAUGGCCGCGGACAGGGCAGGAGCCAGGCGGCCAGGCCGGGAGGGAGCCCUAGAGCGAUACACUCCCACCGAAAUGGACAACCACAAUAGGGACCGGGAGAGGGGGAGAGACCGGGAGAGGGACCGGGGGAAGGAGAGGUCCUCGCCUGCAGAGAUGGAGAGGCAGAGGGACAGGGGGAAGGAGAGGUCCUCGCCUGCAGAGAUGGAGAGGCAGAGGGACAGGGGGAAGGAUAGAUACUCGCCCGCAAACGUGGACAACCGCAGCCCUCCACCUGCCCCCCAGAGAGGUCGAGACCGGCCUGAUCGCUACUCUCCCACCGAGCCCACUAGAGACCAGAAGGGAGGGCGAGGGGAGGGCGCCGACGCCUACCGGCCCUCCGCUGGGGAGAGUCAAGGGGAGGGGGACAGAGACAGGAGGAGGAGAGGGGUGUCGCCGGACUCCCCCAGAGCAAGGGGCCGGGAGGACGCACGCACCCCGCCUCGGCAGUACCAGGAUGGCCCACGUGGCCACUCCCCCAGGAGGGUUUCUCCCGCCCGCUCACCACGCAGAGAACGCAGCAGAGACCGGGAGAGGGACAGAGAGCGGGAGCGAGACAGGGAGAGGCAGAGACAGAGGGAACGUGACCGGGAGAGGGAACGAGAAAGGGAGAGAGACAGGGAUAGAGAUAGGGACAGAGAGCGAGAUGCUGACCGUAGCAGAGACAGGCCACCGGUCAGGAGGAGCAGUAGGUCUCGAAGCCCAAGGAGGAACAGCAGCCCCCCCAUCAGGUCUCGACGUUCUCCAUCUCCCCGAUACCGACGUAGGAGCAGUCGGUCACUAUCAAGAGAACGGGAGCAAGAACGAAAUCGAGAGAGACAGCGAGAACAAGAGCAGGAGAGAGAAAAGAGAGGACGUCCCCCUGCCAAAGCCCCUUCCCCACCUAAUCAUUCGGGAUCAUCUUCGUCUUCGUCGUCCUCCUCAUCCUCCUCCGACUCUGACUCAUCUGCCUCCGAGAAUGAGGCAGGGAAGGCCGGAACAAAAGAACAAAGCUGGAAACCCGGCUCCGAAAGGGAGACAGGGAUGAGGCAGGAGGAGAGGACAGAACAGGACAGGGAGACUGCUGAGAGGAGAAGGUCCCGGUCUCUGGAGAGACGAGCUCCUUCCAGCCAAUCAGAUCGCAGGGCACCAGGCAAAGACCCGCCCUCUCCAUUCCGGACCCCGGCAGAGAGCAGGGAUUCGUCGAGAAGAGGUUGCAGGGGCCAACCUACAGCUCUGGCCCCCCAUCAACCAGAGCAGCCAAACACGGCAAAGAAUCCAGUAAAUGGGCAGCCAGGGAUAGAGGAGAAGUUGAAAAAAAGCUGGCAGGGUAGCUCAAGCUCGUCAUCAUCUUCAUCAUCUUCGUCCUCCUCAUCGUCGUCAGAUAGCUCAGACUCAGAGCCUGAGCAAGACAAAGGUGGCGAUGCUGCUCCACCUCGUAGGAAGUCAUCCUCAUCUUCACCAGGCGGUGAGAAGGAGGGUAAAAGGAGCCCUCAUCGGCCUGAAAGGGUACCAGCUGAUUCACUACGAGACUCCCGUUCGCUCAGCUAUUCUCCUCCAAUGAGAAUGCGCCGUGGUGCCCCCUCCCCGCCCCACCGAAGGAGUGGAAGCAGGCGGUCUAGGAGCAGGUCACCCAGCAGUAAGCGGAGGAGAUGAGUCCUCUCCUACACGUCGUCUCUUCAUUUCGUACCUCUGGAAACUGUUGAUGUACUGAGCUGGACUGUGCCACCCAGCCGUUUUAGGGUUGAUCGUGGGUGGCAAAUAAAGACAUUAGGGACUUUCCCCAGUGAUAUGAUGGUUAAAUUCACUUUUUUAUUAUGGUGACACAUGUGAAGGGUGUGGGACAACACACACACACUUUCUUUUUUUUCCCCUCUGACCCUUCAUUGUUAUGAAUGUAGAUAUGACUUCAGUAAUUUGGCUUUCAGUGAAUGGACAAUGUGCUGUACCCAUGACUGUGACAAACCUUUCUGUUCUCUUUGUGAAAAAAUACCGAGAAUUGAGUAAUAAAGACUCUUGUGUCUCUUA